AUGGAGCUCUGGAACUCCACCUCAGGAAGUGGCUUCAUCUUGGUGGGGAUUCUAAAUAACAGUGUGUAUCCUGAGCUGUUCUGUGCCACAAUCGCAGUGCUGUACAUGUUGGCCCUGACCAGCAAUGGCCUGCUACUCCUGGUCAUCACAAUGGAUACCCGGCUCCAUGUGCCCAUGUACCUCCUACUUGGGCAGCUCUCUCUCAUGGAUCUCCUGUUCACAUCAGUUGUCACCCCAAAGGCCCUUGUGGAUUUUCUAAGCAGAGAUAAUACCAUUUCCUUUGGAGGCUGUGCCCUUCAGAUGUUCCUGGCACUGACUCUGGGUGGUGCAGAGGACCUCUUACUGGCCUUCAUGGCCUAUGACAGGUAUGUGGCCAUUUGUCAUCCUUUGAACUACAUGGUCCUCAUGAGACCGAGGGUUUGCUGGCUCAUGGUGGCCACAUCCUGGAUCCUGGCAUCCCUGAGUGCCCUAGCAUAUACAGCAUAUACCAUGCACUAUCCAUUCUGCAAAGCCCGUAAGAUCAGGCACCUGCUUUGCGAGAUCCCACCCUUACUGAAGUUGGCCUGUGCAGACACCUCCAGAUACGAGCUCAUGGUGUAUGUGAUGGGUGUGACCUUCCUGAUACCUCCUCUUGCUGCUAUUCUGGUCUCCUAUGCACUAAUCCUAUUCAUGGUGCUCCACAUGUCCUCGAGUGAAGGCAGGAAGAAAGCCCUGGUCACCUGCUCUUCUCACCUGACUGUGGUUGGGAUGUUCUAUGGAGCUGCCACAUUCAUGUACGUCCUGCCCAGUUCCUUCCAUAGCCCCAAGCAAGACAACGUCAUCUCUGUUUUCUACACAAUUGUCACUCCAGCCCUGAACCCUCUGAUCUACAGCCUGAGGAAUAAGGAGGUCAUGGGAGCCUUGAGGAGGGUCCUGGGGAAACACAUGUUGCCAGCACACUCCACUUUCUAG